AUGCACGGUGUUGAAUUGGGGAAGAAGCGGCUGCCCAUGUCGUCGGUAGUAUUGCUGACCGUACUCGUUUGCUCGUUCUUCUGCACGCCAUUACUUUUAAUGCAGAUGUACAGAGCCGACGGCCAGGGUUUAUCCGGUUUAAAUAUGGCUGCAUACAACAGUAGCGGAGCAUCGAUCAAUAGUGCUAGUGAUGCAAGUAGUAUAAGUGAUGUAGGUGCAAGUGGGGUGAAAAGAAAUAUGCCUAUGAUCCGAUGGAGAGAAGAUACUCACUGUGGUGUCAACUACCCACUGGAGGAUGGAUCGCCGGCAGAAUGCAAUCCACAGUCGAAGAAACGCUGCUGCAAUAAGUGGGGGUAUUGUCAGCUUUGCUCAUAGAUAUGAAUGGGGCCUUUCAUGCUCUAACAUACGAAUGGGAAAUGGUGCACUCAUAGAUAGGAAUAGG